AUGGCGAAACUUUUGUACCCUGGUUUCAAAGUUUUCAUUCUGACGGUAUUUUGGGGUGCGGUCAAUGUUGCCAGGGUACGUCAAUGUUAUACACGUCAACAAAUCAUGUACGCUGCGGUAAAUCGCGCACUUCUAGGGUUUACAUACGGAAACAAGACGGUGCGGUCUCGUGUCAUCUGCGCACGGGAAUGCAUCAUGGAUGAGCGUUGCAAGUCGUUUAACUUUAACGACUGCAAUAAAAUGUGCGAGCUGAGCCUUGCCACAAGACAAGAGCAUCCCGAAGACUUCAAUGCAACUCAAGGGAGUGUGUACUUUGAUGCAAAUGAGGACACACCUCACUACUCACUUACUGAUAGCUCCUUGAACCGCUACAGAAGUUGCAAGAUGCUCUUAGAUGCCGGUUAUCGUUCAAGUGGUAUCUACACAAUCUACCCAGAGCGAUUUGAUGGUUGCAGUCUUCGUGUCUACUGUGACAUGGAAACAAACGGCGGAGGAUGGAUCGUGUUUCAGAGGAGACAAGAUGGCAGUGUGGACUUCUACCGUAACUGGGCCGAGUACCAGUCUGGCUUUGGCGAUCUGUCUGGUGAGUUCUGGUUGGGCAAUGACAACUUGGUGACUCUGACGUCUGAUGAUUCCCAAGGAACAUGGGAGCUACGAGUUGAUUUAAAGGACUGGGAGAACAACACGGCAUGGGCAAAGUACUCAGAUUUCCAAAUUUCUCCGGGUGAGUACAAUCUGAAUAUCGGUCAAUACGAUGCCAGCAGCAAUGCUGGUGACUCUCUUAGUACGACUCAUAAAGGACGUCCCUUCACAACAAAGGAUCGUGACAAUGAUCAAUCAAGUAACAAUUGUGCACAAUCGUUCCCUGGAGCCUGGUGGUUUAAUAACUGUUAUCACUCUCACUUGAAUGGUCAAUAUUAUGUGAAUUUAGGGGGUCGCAAUGGCGUGAAUUGGAAUACAUUGCGAGCCCACAUAUCUGAUUCUCUGAAAACAUGCAGCAUGAAUAUGCGUGAAUUGGGACCAUGA